AAUGAAUACUCCAAAUUACGCAGAUAGACCAAGGGAAGAGAAAAAAGAGAUAUUAUUUGAAAAUUUAGAUGUAAAAAGUAUUGAAUGGAGACCAUAUAGAUGUUUUAUAAUAUUAUAUUUAUUUAACGCAACUAUUGCAUUGCCAGUUUUUACAAUAAAAUUGCUUUAUUUAUAUGUCGAAUAAAUUGUCAAGAACAUUAGAUUCUUUAGAGUAGUUCAAGUAAUUAUUGAAUAUAAUAUGUUUUAGUGUUUGAAGGCUAUAAUCUUCUUUAUUUGUGAUCUUGCUAUGACAUUAUCAAUUUUAAUGAUGUAUAUUCUAGUAGGAUUAAGAUAUAAAUAGACUAUAAAUUAUGAAGAUUGGGCAAUAUCUUGUUUAUUAUUUUUACAAUCUCAAAUUUUAAUGUCAUCAUAUGUUUUAACAAUAUCAAUUGAUAGAAAAGAAAUUGAUUUUGAUUUUCUAAUAUCAGCUGCAAAUAUGAGUAAGUUAGGUCUUGGAAGAUUGUAUUAAAAAUUAUUACACCAAAAUCUUUCACUUGAUAAAUAAGAAGAAUUGAAACAAGAAAAUUUAUAUAAUUAGAUUAGAAAUGCAAUGGAAACUGAGAAUAUUGAUAGUACUCUCUAUUAUAUUGCACUUGAAUCUGAUCCUGGUAUUUGUACAAUAGAUGAUAUUAUAUCAUUGAGUGAUCAUUCAAUAAUUGAACUUAUAGAGAGAGCACGUAAAAUAUUAUCGACAUAACAUGAUAUAUCUUUUGAUAGGAAAUAAUUUGAAUAACCAAUUAAUAAAUUGAAAAUCUUAAAAGAAUUAAGAGUUUUGGGUUUCAGAGGAUACAGACAUGCAAUAGAUAAUUUUCUAUGGCCUCAUUAUGAUUAUAUAAAAGUUAAAUAAGAAAAAGAGCCAGCAUCUAUUCUCUUAAUUUAUUUAAUUGUUUUAAUCGCAAAAGGAAGCUUUCCUCUUUAUCUAUUAUCAUCAACAAACAAUGCUUUAGAUAUUGAAUAUCUUUUCUUUGGAUGUUUUUUAGGAAUGUAUUUAAAUAUGAUCAUAUUGCUCAUUGAUUUAAUCAAAUGUAAUGAUAUUAAAGGAAAAAGAUAUAUACUUAAUGUAUUACAGACAAUGAUCAUUCCAAAUAAAGCUCAAGAUUAGAUUGAGGAUGAAAAUGAUAGUGGAAAAGAUGAAAUUCCAGAUGAUUUGCCUUAUAAUUCAGAUUUUAAAUUAGAUUUUAGUUGUAAUUUGAGUUUAGAAUCUUGGGAUAAUAUGAGAAGAUUAACUCUAUUAAUAGAUAAUGAGUGGAUGGAUUAUAAUGAAGCAUAAAUAGCUUUUGUAUUUCUUUACUUUGUAUACUUGUACAUGAAUUUAUCAUCUGUAUUUCUAGACUUUGAUUUAAUUCCCAUAUUGCAUUCUUUCUUUUAAGAUCCAAUUUUAGAAUGGAAUAUGAUUGUUGAUUUUACUUGUUUAGCUUUAUUAUUCUUAAAUAGAGUAUAUUAAGGUACUUUAUAUAAUUAAACCUUUGAAAAUAUUAUAGAAUCAAUCAAAAAAAUUGAAACUGUUUAUGAUGAUAAAAAAGCUUUAUUUGAUUUCUAUUUUAGCAGUAAUUUGAUGGAAAAUAUAUAAAAUGAAACAUACAGAAAAAUAACUUAAAAGAUAUAUUGUUCUGCUUGUGAUAAAGUUAUUUAUACACUUGCAUCUAAAGGAAUGUAAGAAUUACCACUUUUAGUAAUAUAUAUAAUAUAAUUAAUUAGGAAUUCUUAAUGCUUGCUAAAUCAUAAGCUAAAUAAAGAGUAUUUUAAUUAUGUGCUACAAUGAAGAAAGUGAAAGAUUAAAUCGAAUUUGAUAAUGAUAAUUACAGUCAUAAGAUGCUAGGAAUCUACAGAUCAAAUAUUUGGACUGUUAUUUCAACUUUUGGAUUUUUAGGAUAUAUUUUUUUCCGUGGAAAAAUUAAAGGAUAUCUUAAUAAGCAUAAAGCCAAAUAACUCUGA